AGGGUGCAGUUCCAAUUUCCUUGUCAAACUAUCAUCCCAACUACUCUUCUUUUUCUCAGCCUUCUCUUAAGCUUAAAGUAUAUUCUCUCCUUGUGUUGUUGGAAGAUGUUUUCUCAAGUAUUUUUCUAAUCUAACUUCACUUGGCCCAUAAGUAUCCCAUUGAGAAUACUCAACUCUAAUGAUAUCAAAGUACUUCUAUAAGGGAAUAAUAGCUCUCUCAAGCACAUGCAUACUAUACCAAACUGAUUUACUCCAUCCUCAUUGUGUAUCCAAUAAGUGUUUUACUUCAAGGGCUUUGGCAACAUUCCCUGUAACUGAGUGUGCAAUGGAACUAGUCAUCUCCAUCCAAUUGUAUGUUUCCUUUGUUAGGACCUAACAUUCCAAUCCUUAAACAGAGGACACAUAAGGUAGAGAAUCCAAUCAUGCCAUUUGGUUUGGUCUCAGCUUGGAACAAACGCCGGAGAAGCAAGUCUCAAGAUCAUACAGACCCAUGGAUUUACAAAUCUGUACAGCUUUGGCAACUUGAAGAUAAAACACCACGACCUGCAAAGAAGCUUCAUGGAUCAUCUGUUUUCACACUCAGGGAGAUGGAAGAGGCAACAUGUUCAUUCAGUGAUGAAAAUUUCCUCGGAAAAGGAGGAUUUGGCAAAGUUUACCGAGGCACUUUGCGAUCAGGAGAGAUUGUAGCAGUCAAGAAAAUGGAGCUGCCAGCAAUUAAAGAAGCAGAGGGGGAACGUGAGUUCCGAGUCGAAGUCGACAUUUUGAGCAGACUCAACCAUCCAAAUCUUGUUUCUUUGAUAGGCUACUGUGCUGAUGGAAAGCAUAGAUUCCUAGUCUACGAAUAUAUGCUAAAUGGGAACCUACAAGAUCACUUGAAUGGAACUGGGGCAAACCUGGAUUGGCCUCAAAGACUACAAGUGGCACUAGGAGCUGCAAAAGGGCUUGCUUAUCUCCAUUCAAGUUCUAAUGUUGGAAUUCCUAUUGUUCAUAGAGAUUUCAAAUCGACCAAUAUUCUCUUAAGUGCCAACUUUGAAGCAAAGAUAUCAGACUUUGGGCUUGCCAAGUUAAUGCCAGAAGGACAGGAAACUCAUGUGACUGCCAGAGUGCUUGGUACCUUUGGCUAUUUUGAUCCUGAGUAUACAUCGACUGGGAAACUCACUCUACAAAGUGAUGUUUAUGCUUUUGGUGUUGUUCUUCUGGAGCUUUUGACUGGACGUCGAGCAGUAGAUCUAAACCAGGGUCCUAAUGAUCAGAACCUUGUACUACAGGUGAGGCACAUACUGAAUGACCGCAAGAAACUUCGUAAGGUGAUAGAUCCAGAGAUGGCUCGAAAUUCUUACACCAUUCAGUCUAUAGUCAUGUUUGCCAAUCUAGCAUCAAGAUGUGUCCGAAGUGAGAGUAAUGAGAGACCUUCAAUGGAAGAUUGUGUAAAAGAACUUCUAAUGAUUAUCUAUACAAAUUCAAAAGGCUUGGGAAUGGUUAUGCAUAGUUUGAGAUUGAUCUAGUGAACACAAGUUAAGACACCAGAACUACGAUGAUUUCUCAUUGACAAUAAAAAAGUGAACUCUAUUCAGAAGUUCUAA